CACUCAGGUCAGAUGAUCCGGGCUGCUACAUUGUAAAUAGACAGCGGCGAUCCACCGGGGCCAUGCCUUCAUAGUCUCUUUAAAUCGCCUCCAACAGAGCUACUUUUUUUCUCUCGGAGACGCCUUAUCUUCUGUCACUGGUUCUUUAGCUGUUUCUGGUCUCUUCGGCGUGUUAAAGUGUUUUUAUUGAAGUAUGUACCGGUCUCUGUACGCCUUCCGAUCUGCGGAGCCCAACUCGCUGCACUUCGCGGCCGGAGAAAGCUUCCUAAUCCUGGAGAGGAGCAACAAACACUGGUGGCUGGGGUCCCGCUGCAGUUCGGGGGAAACCGGCUACAUCCCGUCGUCAUACAUCGAAAAAAUACAGGCCCCAGAGCAGGAUGAAGUGUUGCAGUCUAUUGACAGAGCGAUUGAAGGAAUCCACAAUGUGGCCUUAAAGAAUGGAGGCAAAUACAACCUGGAGCAGAGAGAUGUUCUUCAAAAAUUGAUCCAUCAUAGAAAGGAGACGCUUGCACGACGGAGUUCUUCGUCCUCCGUUCACAAACAAGGCCUCCCAUCUUCCAGCAGUGAAAUAUCUCUCAGUCAUACUCCUCCUCCUCCUCCCAACGGCCUUAACCGAGAGUACGGACGGACGGGCAGCGUGCCGAUAUCAGGAAGCGUAGACAAUUUACAGUCAGAACAGGGUUUUUAUCAGGUGCCUCCUCAAGCUCGGCGUGCAGCUCCAACCACCCCCCCUCCUCCUGAGAAACAGAAAAACAUCCGGCGUGCAGCAGAGCCAGAGGUCCCCUCCAGAGGGUCGUCUCUCCCUCCUUCCCCAGCUCCCUCCCUCACGAUCAGCACCACCUCUUUAGAGUCGGGCUCCUCCCACUCAAUGGUCUCCUCUGAUGUCAGCUUGCCAAGUGUGUCCAGCACCCCCCCUCCUCCUGUGCCGUCCCGUGUGAAACCCAUUGCACCUCCUGCAGACGAGCCUUCCUCCGACUCCCUUCCUCAGCCUGCUCCUGCAAAAAAGAGCCCUGCUCCACAGCCUCCCCAACUCACCCCUCCUCCCUCGCAGCCCGCUGUGGAGGAGCAGCGUGAGAGCGAAUGGCCUGUUGCCCCCCCGUCCAUCGCUGAGAGCCCUGCUGGCAGCCCCUCUCCUUCUGAGCCAGUUUCCAUGACCAUCGGGGCCGAGCUGAUCGAGCUGGUGCGGAAGAACACGGGCUUGAGUUACGAGCUGUCGCGGGUGGCUGUUGGCGUUGUCGUGGGCCACCUGCAGACGGCCUUACCUCAGGCCUCCUCCGACCUGGAGCAGGUUCUGCUCUCGCUGGUGGAGAGCAAGGUUUCGAGUGCAGUGCUGCCGCAGGGUCAGGUGUGUCACGAUGAGCAGAGGCUGGAGGUAAUCUUCAGCGACCUCGCCCGUCAUCAGGGGGACUCUCAGCAGCGCAGCUGGGCGCUUCACGAAGACCACGCCCUCAUCGCCUGCUACCUGGAGGAGCUGCUGAAGAUCCUGACUGAUGCAGAUCCAGAGGUGUGUAAGAGGAUGUGCAAGGCCAAUCACUACGAGAAUCAGCUCUCUCUGGUUUCAUAUUAUCAGAUGGAGAAUCGUGUGUCUCUGCGUCUGCUGCUGCUCAAAGUGUUCGGGGCGAUGUGCAGCCUCGAUGCUUCUCUCAUCUCCACCCUCCUCAACUCCAUCCUCCCCAUGGAGCUGGCUAGGGACCUACAGACUGACACACAAGAGCACCAGAAGAUGUGUUACACAGCUUUGGUACUGACUAUGAUCUUCUCAAUGGGCGAACAGGUGCCAUAUCAUCAUUACGAACACUUGAAUGCAGACUUUAUUCAGUUUCUGCUGGGUGUGGUGGAGGACGGGCUUCCGUCUGAUCCCACAGAGCAGCUGCCUGACAUCUUCCUGAACCUUGUGCUCUCCUUUAACCUGCACCACACAGCACCCGACAGCAACGUGAUCAUGCAGGAGCUGAAGAAGAAAAACGUCAAGAUCCUGUCGGAGAAAGUGCUUCUGCUUCUGAACAGAGGCGACGACCCUGUGUGUAUGUUCAAACACACCCCGCCUGCACCGCACUCAGUGCUCAAGUUUCUGCAGGAUGCUUUCUCCAGCCGAGAGACUGCUGACAUUUUCUACCGCACUGACAUGAUGGUGAUGAUUGAUAUUGCUGUCAGACAGAUAUCGGACCUUUCGCCUGGAGACAAGCUGAGGAUGGAGUAUCUCUCCCUCAUGCACUCCAUAAUACGCUCGACGGACUACCUGGAGCACCAGCACCGCCUGUCUGACCUGCAGGGGGUGCUGCAGAGGAUUCUCAGGGAGGAGGAAGAUCCAGGAGAGAAUGAAGGGAGCGCUACUGCAAAACAGAUGGAUAAGCUAAUUGUACAGCAGAUCUACAAAGAGUUCCCUCAGAUCUGUGAGAAGCAGGACUAACCGUAUCAGUAUCAUGCUCACACACUGUAGUCCGCUCCCGUCUGCUGCAGGGAGGUUCACAUGGAGGAAGAACACUUGACAUCUGAUGGGACGCCCUGUUUUCUGUGCCAGCCUGUGAUAAAAGAAACUAAUCGGUUUUGCCAAUGUUUUUGAAAAAUCAAAAGACAAAUCACUGUAUGUACUGAGAGUAUGUGUAAUGAAAAGUUACUUCAACCACAACUUAAUCUUAUCUUCCAAAAUAUCUUUAACCAAAUUAGGCCAAAUUCAAAGAUUGUAACUGAAAAAGGCAGAUUUGAGGUUAUGUUACAGAAAAAUGUGCCAUUAUUUAAUCAAUUGUGAGAAUACUUAAUGUGCUUCCCUUGUAGCAGGACCAAACUACUGUGUGUUACAUCAUUAUUUUCUUAAAAGAGAAUCAACUCUUAAAACUGACUUCCUCUUCGAACAGUAUAACAAGAAUUAAAUUCAAGCAGAAUGAGUUGAUCACGUUUUCUGUUCUAGUGAGGGAAAGCACACUGACUCCUCUGUUAUUAUUAGCUCUGUCACCCGCUGCUACAUAUCAAGUCUCUCCUGUGGCUCCUGCAGAUGUCUCAGUCCAGUAGUUUUGUCUCUUUACUGCUUCUCAAACACUUUAAGAUAAUCGCUCUGUACUUAUUAUGCAAAGCUUCUCUAGCGUCAGAAGUCUUGGCUGUUUACAGAUUAGUGUCUGUAUGCUGCAUUCACUCUAAAACUAACUGUGCUGCAAUAAGUCUCUAUAUAGCAACUUUCAAUAUCGCUGUAAUAUGCCGAGUUGUUCUGGAGGGGAAAAUGUGUUCUGCAGUCUUUACUCAAGAUAAUACAUUAGUCAGUGUUGUUGAUUUCCACUUAAUUAUCUGAUGCUCUCUUACUGACAGUCAAGUCAAUCAAGGAAAAAAUAGAGUAUUUCAUUUAAUCUCUUUUAAUAGCAACAUGUACCUUUCCUAGUUUCUCCCCCCUGAUGUAGUGAUCGAUGUUUUCCCAUCCUACACUUAAACCUCUCUGUUUAUAUUCCCGGCAUGGCGACCCGUCUGGAAGACGAAUUCCAGAAGAGAUAUCAGUUUUUAGUUAAUGACACAUUGUUUGUUCAUUGAUUAGAUGUGAGUCUGUUUACAGUGUGUGUGAGAAAGGUGAGUGUCUAUUCUUUUUAUGAUUAACAUUGUCCGCAAAAGAGCUACGACUGUGUUAUAAUAAAACUAAUAAAGCUAUAUUUUAACAUUGCAA